GUGGAUUGGAAUUCUUGUGCUUUACACAGUUCACAAAGGGCAGUUUAACUGUCCUGGGGGAGGAUUACUGCACAGCUACUUGCUCGUCCUCCUCAUUCUUCUAGCUUCUAUCAUAUGUGCAUUAUCUGCUCUUGUAUACAUCAGUAUGCAAGGAACAAUUUCUAAUCCAGGCCCAAGAAAAUCACUGCCCAAGCUACUUUAUGCUCGCCUAUUUCUCUAUUUGCCUGAAUUCAUCUGGGCUGUUGUAGGAGCCGUAUGGGUGUCAGACAGCAGUGUGCAUUGCGAGAAGACUGUGAUAAAUGUCAUCAUUGGGACAGUCGUUGCAAGUUGGGUUAUCAUCAUCUUUACCGUCAUUGGAGUUUUAAUCGUCUUUGAUCCACUUGGGGGGAAGAAGACGUUCUACCUCAGUGAGGGUGUGAAUCGGAACCUGGAAAGCAGUCAGUCAGGGCAGCUGCUGUACAAUGUGAAGAGCACUGCCACCAGAGUCUGGGAGAAGAGAAUCAGGUUACUGUGUUGUUGUAUCGUGCAGGACGAUGACCAUCGAGUGGCUUUUACGAGUAUCGCGGAGCUUUUCCGCGCCUACUUCUCAGACACUGAUCUGGUGCCAAGUGACAUAGCAGCUGGUUUGACUCUGCUCCAUCAAGAGCAAGAUAAAAUGGAAAGUUGCCCAAAAGAGCCUGAAGAAGUCCUGUGUCAUUCUCCAUCGUCUCUUGUGACAGAUGAUUUGGAUAUGGAACUGGAGAAUGCUGCUCACUAUAUGCUGUUUGCUGCAGCUGCUUACGGCUGGCCCUACUACGUCUACACCAGCCCCUUUACUGCACUCUGUAAGCUCAAUGGUGACUGUUGCAGAAGUAGACCAACAGAUUCUGAUAUAACUGGCAGUGGUCGUCAUAACUUUCACUUUGGAUCCAUCCUAAAAAUAACAGGACUGCAGUACAGAGACUUCAUUCAUAUCAGUUUUCAUAACAAGAUCUAUGAGAUUCCAUUUUUUGUUGCUCUGGAUCACAAAAAAGAAGCUAUUGUGGUUGCAGUGAGAGGAACCUUGUCUUUUGAGGACAUCCUCACUGAUCUGUCAGCAGAUUGUGAAGACUUGACACUGGAGGAUGUGCUAGAGAAUGGCUUUGUGCAUAAGGGAAUAACUCAAGCUGCAAAUUACAUCUAUCGAAAGCUAAUAAAUGAUGGGAUUCUAAACCAGGCUUUCACAAUUGCUCCAGAAUAUAAACUUGUGGUAGUUGGUCACAGUUUGGGUGGUGGAACAGCUUCUAUAUUGGCAAUCAUGCUCAGGAACUCUUUCAGAUGUUAUGCUUUUUCUCCUCCAGGAGGACUGUUAAGCAAAUCACUGGCAGAUUACACUAAGCAGUUCAUUGUUUCAGUCAUUGUUGGAAAGGAUCUUGUGGCAAGGUUAAGUAUGCCCAACAUGGAGGAUUUAAAGAGGAGAAUAGUGAGAAUUGUGGCAAACUGCAACAGACCCAAGUAUCAGAUUUUGCUGCAUGGGUGUUGGUAUGAAGUAUUUGGAGGAGAUCCAGAUAACUUCCCAACCGAGCUGGAUGGUAGAAACCAAGAUGCCCUCACCCAGCCACUUCUAGCUGAGGAGAGUUUAAUGGUUCAUCGGUCACCUUCAUACAAUGCCCUUGACGAUGAACCACACUUAAAUUCACCACCUCAGUAUCCUCGUCUGUAUCUUCCUGGAAAGAUUAUCCAUAUUGUAGAAGAAUCCAGCUCCAAGAGGUUGUGCUCUUCAGAUAUUAAAUAUACAGCAAGAUGGUCAAAUGAAACCGUGUUCAGCAGCAUUUUAAUAAGUCCCAAGAUGAUAACUGACCACAUGCCAGAUGUCGUGCUCAAAGCUCUGAACAGUUUGUCUCAGGAACAGGGAUCGUGUAUUUCUUGUCACACCCGAGAAUGUAACACCAAUGUGGUAUAG